UCUAGGGGGACAGCAAGAAGAUGGAAGAUGCUAGUGCUUACUUGACUCUUCCUUCUUACCGACAUCAUGUGGAAAACAAGGGAGCCACUUUGAGCUGGAGCUCCAGCAGUGUUGGAGGUCUCUCUGUUAGCUCCCGGGACGUGUUCUCCAUUUCCACCCUGGUGUGCUCCACGAAGCUCACCCAGAAUGUGGGCUUGCUGGGUUUGUUGAAGUGGUGUGUGAAGCCUCAACUGCUACAGGAGAAUUUAGAGAAGUUGAAGAUUGUGGAUGGAGAGGAAGUGGUGAAGUUUCUUCUGGACACUCUCAAUGCCCUCUUCAACAUCAUGAUGGAACACUCUCAAAGUAAUGAGUAUGACAUCCUCGUCUUUGAUGCUUUG